CUUAUUAACACUCUUGAUUUUUUUUUUUUCUGAAUUUUUCUCACAAACAAGUACUCCGUAUUAAACUAAACACUCCCCAACAUUUCUAUCAGUACCCCCAAUCCAGCCGUUAAUCCCGAGUGAAUCAACACUUAUUGGUGAAUCACUUAUCAUUUGAGAGUUGACUCCUAAAUUCUGACAUGAACCAGACUAUGGCGGGUGGAUCCUGCAUAUGAUUCAUACCUCGCGUCUCAAUGUCAAUUGCUUAUUGUUUUCUAGAUCAGAUCUGGCUUUAUUUCACCUGAUGCGUGCUCUCAACAUCCAUCUCGCAGUUCCUUAAUGAGCUUUCCGAUGGCAUGUGAUCUUAAAGGAAAAGCUCUUGUCCUUAUGGGUCCAAGUGGUGCCGGAAAGUCAACAAUAGGUGAUAUGCUAGGAAGAGCCAUUAAUGGUCACUUUGUUGAUGCCGAUGAUUAUCACUCUCCUUCAAACAAAGAAAAAAUGAGGAUUGGGGUGGCAUUGACAGAGGAAGAUCGGGCUCCCUGGCUCGAGACACUGCGAGGCGUGAUAAGAGAGGGGUUAGCGAAGGGGGAAAGCAUUGUUCUUGCUUGCUCUGCUCUCCAAACACAGCACAGGGAAAGCCUGAGGUGCGCUGAUCCUGGUUAUCAGCCCGGCUCCGGUGGGGUGCAUGAUUGUUUGGUGAAAUUCGUUUUGCUGGAUGUAAAGGCCGAUGUUCUGGCUGACAGGCUGAACAGAAGGGCGGCAGAAGGGAACCACUUCAUGCCUGCAAUGCUCUUACAAUCCCAGUUGGAUUUGCUUCACAUAGAUGAAUCGGAAGGCAUAUUCAAGGUUGAUGGAACUUUGACCCCUUUGGAUAUUGUGAGCAAGAUCCGAGCAUCCCUUUUCUCAUGAUUCAUUGAUUCUUAUCCUCUUCAAAUAUUUACUACGGAGUAUAUCUAUAUGCCUUUUUUUUUGCUUCAUGAACAACCAUACCAACUUUUCACUUUUAAUCCAUGCUAUAUUUCAUAUCUGGCCUUCAGUCAAUAAUUGUAAUAAUUUGGUCCCUCCAAACCUGGAAUACGAUGUCUAGCCUUCACAGGAAUUCAAAAAA